AAAAACAGCGAAAGAACCGGAGUGUCGCAGAGCUGUCAUUGUUGAGAAAGAAGUGGAAAAGUUAGGCAAGGAGCAAUGUCUGCAUGGGAUCCGUAUCUAGACAACUUAAUUGCACGCAGUAAAGAUGGAGCUGGCAACACUCAUAUAGACAAAGCAUGCAUAAUAGGCAUGAAUGAUGGAGGCAGCCUUUGGAUAACUGCUACACACGCUAAUGCUAUUCAGAUUACACAGCCCGAAGCAAAAACGAUAGCUCAAUGCUUCAAUAGCAAAAAGUAUGACACUUUCACAAUGAAUGGGGUAAGAGUAGGUGGUUUGAAGUACCAGUUCCUACGGGAAAUGGACAACACAGUAUUUGCCAAGAAAAAAGAGCAUGGAGCAGUUACCCUGCAAGCUUCAAAGACAGCAGUCAUUAUAGCUCAUUGCCCUGAAGGAAAGCAACAAGGGACAGCAAACAAAGCUGUCAAUGAUAUUGUGGAAUACUUGGUCUCCGUUGGAGUAUAGGAACAAAAACUGAAAUGUUCUUGUUUGUAAUUAGCUCCUAUUAUUAUCAUUAUCAUUAUUUUUAGUUUGCUGAGAUGACUUAGCUUUAAUUUAAUUUCAUUAUCAUUAUCAAUAUUUUCAAUGUUGGUUUUAAUGUGA